CUCGAGCUUUGAUAGGAAUUGACGCAAUUAAGCAGCAUCCCUAUCAUUCAAGAUGUCGCGUCGAGACGAUGACCUGGCAUACGGUGAUUAUCAUGGCCAGGGCGAGGAGCAAGAGGGAGACCGCGGCAUGAUUGGAGACAUGGGGCGGCGCUUCUUUGGAGGCAAGAAGGAGCACUCGCAGCCCCAACAAGGCUCGUCCAGUUCAGGCGGCAUGUCUUUCCUUUUCGAUAAGCUCCACAAGGAGGUCCACAAGAUCGGUGCCGACCUGAAAGAUUCCUUCUCAGGAAAGAACGAUGAGCCUGUUCAGGCACAGCAGCAGGGCGAGCCACAGCCCGGACAAGAGUAUCACAACCAGCACCGCUUCUUGAGCUUUGCUCCUGAGCGUCAUGGCAACGACAUCAAGUGGUAUGUCGAUGGUGCUUCAUACAUGCACGCCGUAUCAGUCGCAUUGGAGCAGGCUCGCGAAUCGGUCUGGAUCCUAGAUUGGUGGCUGUCUCCUGAACUCUACCUUCGACGACCUCCAGCCAGGAACCAGCAAUAUCGAGUCGACCGACUGCUUCUAGCUGCUGCCGAACGUGGAGUCAGGGUCAACAUCAUAGUCUACAAAGAAGUCACGCAGGCUUUGACGCUAUCUAGUGCACACACCAAGCACCACUUGGAGGAGCUCCAUCCGAAUAUUGGUGUCUUCAGGCACCCAGACCACACGCCAGAUGCCGCAGUACUGUCCGGCCAGUUUUUCAAUUCUAUCAAGAACAUGACCUUCUCUCCCGCAAAGAUCGCUCAGCUGCCACUGGAUGGCCUCAAGAGCGUCUACGGUUCAACCGACGGUACUGUCCUGUACUGGGCGCAUCACGAGAAGCUAUGCUUGAUUGAUGGAACAAUUGCAUUCAUGGGAGGGUUGGAUCUUUGCUACGGACGAUGGGACACCAACUCUCAUCCAAUUGCGGAUGCCCACCCUGGCAGUCUCGAUCGAAUUGUGUUCCCUGGACAGGACUUCAACAACGCUCGAAUGCUAGACUUCGCCGCUGUUGAUCAUUGGGAGGAGAACAAGCUCGACAGAACACAGAGCUCUCGUAUGGGAUGGUCCGACGUAGCGCUCAACUUGCGCGGUCCAGUCGUUCAGGAUCUCCGCACGCACUUCACACAACGCUGGAACUUCAUCUACGAUGAGAAGUACUCCCACAAGGCGACCAGAUACCAGAGACUCCCAGACACCACAAGUGGUGCUCAACAGGGCGGCCAAUAUCCGCCUCCGCAGCAACGCGGAUUCGAAGAAGGAGAAGAGGGUUCUCGAGGAUUUGGCGGCGAUGGUGAGGAGGGCGAGCGUGGUCUGUUUGGUCGCGGCGGCGGAUUCCGUCAGAAGAUGUACAACCGCGUCAACGAGGAGUACCAAGAGCAUUACGGCGGUCAUCACCAACAGCAGCAGCACUACCAGUCGCAUGCGGAACACGGUGCGCAAAGGGCCAACGUUGAUUGCCAGAUCACUCGUAGCUCUACUAAGUGGAGUCAUAACAUCUCCACUGAGCACUCGAUUCAAAAUGCCUACAUCGAGACGAUCAGGAACAGUCAGCACUUUGUCUACAUCGAAAACCAAUUCUUCAUCACAGCUACUGGAGACCAACAGCGUCCGAUCAAGAACCAAGUUGGUGCGGCUAUUGUCGAACGUAUCAUCCGCGCUGCUCGCAACGGCGAGAAGUACAAGAUGAUCGUAGUGAUCCCAGCUGUACCCGCCUUUGCCGGUGACCUCAAGCUCGACGAGGCCCUGGGCACACGUGCUAUCAUGGAGUUCCAGUACGACUCUAUCAACCGUGGUGGGCACUCCAUCUACGAGGAAAUCGCAAAGGCUGGCUUCAACCCGAUGGAUUACAUCAGGUUCUACAACCUUCGUAGCUACGACCGCAUCAACGCCAGCAAAGUUAUGCAAGAAGCUGAGCAGCGUUCUGGCGUAUCGUACGGACAGGCUAGCGAAGGCUUCGAUGCUGCCCACGAAGGUGCUCGUGACUACCAAGCUUACCGUCCUCCACCAACAGCUGAGUAUGGCGUCUACGAGAUGGACAAUGGUGGUCGCCCCCCUCAGCAGCAGGCAUACGAGAUGGAUGCCGGUUACGGAGGCCCACCAAAUGAUGGCAGGCAAUCCGACUACAAUAGGUACCAGCAGGAAGCUGAGAAGAUUGGCGGUCGUCAAGGUCUUGGAGAUGGUCGCUGGGACUCGGUCUGCGAGUGCUACAUGCUCAAUGGCGAAGACAUCCGCAACGUCCCCUGGGAAGGCGGCGCAGUCGACGAAAUGGACGCAUUCGUCAGCGAGGAACUCUACAUCCACAGCAAGCUCCUCAUCGCCGACGAUACAACCGUGAUCUGCGGUUCCGCCAACCUAAACGACCGCUCGCAACUCGGCGAUCACGACUCCGAAAUCGCAAUCAUCAUCCGCGACCCAGACAUGGUCGACUCCACUAUGGACGGCCGCCCCUGCCAAGUAUCCCGCUUCGCCUCCUCUCUGCGCCGCGAAAUCUUCCGCAAGCACCUCGGCCUGCUGAAGCACCAGCCCAUUGACGCCGUCGACGAAAACUGGCUGCCUGUCACGACCCCCCAAAUCUACGACUGGGGCUCCGAAAUGGACAUUCAAGUCGCGGACCCGUUGUCGGACGAGUUCCAGAACCUGUGGAACUGGCGCGCAAACACAAACACGCAGGCCUUCGGCAAGAUCUUCCACCCUGUUCCCUCAGACGAGGUGAGGAACUGGAAACAGUAUGAUGAUUACUACUCGCGCUUCUUUGGACAGAAUGAACAGGAUAAGGAGAAUAAAAAGCCGAGUUUGUAUAAGUGGGGUCAUGUUGUGGCUGAGAAUUUUAGCCAGGGCGAGCAGGGUGUGAGGGAGGUCAAGGAGAUUCUGAGCACGAUUCGUGGCACGCUUGUCGAGAUGCCAUUGCUAUUCUUGAAGGAGGAGGAUAUUGCGAAGGAGGGUGUGGGUUUGAACGCGUUGACGGAGGAGAUCUACACUUAGACGAAGUUGGAAGGAUAGCAUCUGUCAUGUUAGGUUCCUCCUGAG